ACACACCGGUGCGUGGUGCCCGGCUGAAGCCGGCGCAAGCCCCAACGUGGUGCCUGACGGUAUAUCGACGUGCCGGGUGGGUUGGCGGACCGACAGAAAAACUUCAUCCGGCGCUGGAGAAAACGAGCAGAUCAGUAAAUUAGUAACGCACCAUGGCAGACGCGGGAGGAGGGAAAAUUAGAACCAGGAGGUACCAUACCGCUUCCAAACCGUACGCCAAAGGCAAACAGCAGCAAGGUAUUAUUGGCAGAGUGACCGACACAGUGAAGAAUAUAGUUCCUGGUUGGUUACAAAAAUACUUCAAGAAUGAUGAUCCAUCAGCAGAGGCAGGGGAUGUUGAGGAAACAGCAGAUGGACGGGAGAAUCAUGACGGCCAGAUUCAAAACAACCAGGGUCACACAGACGAGGAGAUGCUGCCGUUUCCCGAUAGAAGGCAUACCCCUGAACCCUCAACCAGUAAUGCAGAGCCAUCUACAAGCCAGUCUGCAUUGAAUUUCAGUAUCCAGCCAAGACCACCGCUCAAUCGAAGUCAUCUUAAUUUCGCCACGCUGAAUUCCCCUGCGCUUCACUGUCAGCCUUCCACGUCCACAGCAUUUCCCAUUGGCAGUUCAGGCUUCUCCCUGAUAAAGGAGAUCAAAGACUCUACCUCUCAGCACGAAGAUGACAACAUCUCAACCACCAGCGGCUUCUCCUCUAGAGCAUCUGAUAAAGAUGUGACCACUUCAAAAAACAUGCUGCCUGUGUGGUCCCCUGAAGCUGAACGUUCUCAAUCAGUCCUGCAACAAGCUGGAACCAGCUUGAGAAAGCCGGCUUUUAACCUGUCUGUCUUUGGAGGGUCAUCCACAUCCCUUGCAAGCACUUCUGCGCUGAAUUCUAGUCAGCUUGGAGACUCUCUGUUUUAUCCUGGCAAAACAACGUACGGUGGGGCAGCUGCAGUGAGGACCCCAAGUUCGAGAGUUCGGGGUACACCUUACCAGGCACCUGUAAGAAGACAGGUAAAAGCAAAACAGAUUCACUCUCCAUGUGGAGUAACGAGUGCCACAGCGCGGAGAAUUCUUCAGUCUUUAGAAAGGAUGUCCAGUCCUUUAGCAGAUGCUAAAAGAAUCCCAUCACCCUCAUCAUUGCCAGUGUCUCCAAUGCUGAAUAGGGGUGAAUUAGAAGUCAUACAUUUCAAGUCCAAAAGAAAGAGUGAUGCGCAACAUCCUCCUGUGCAGAAGCUUGUGACACCAAAGGCUGCUUCUGUAGCAGUGAACAGAUCUAUGUUUUUCAAACCCUCUUUAACGCCAACUGGUCAUUCAAGUAGAUCAACUGACAGGGGGGGAAGACAAACGAAGCAGGUUGUUGAGCCAGAAAUAUCGAUGCAGCACCCGAAAAGCACAAACAGUUUUUCAUACCCAUUGUUCAGCACUCCUGCAGCCAAUGGAAUGGCUUCUGGAGGGGCAGGUGGGAAGAUGAAGAGGGAGAGGGGCAUCCGUGCCUCUUCAAAACCUGCACAGGACCAAGAGCAAGUGGAGAUUCCGAAUCUGUCGCAUAUUUCCUUGCCUAUGAGGAUUUCGACUUUACCAACCUUGAACUUUUCCUCUCCUACAAAUACAUCCCCCUCUGUGACGACGACUCCAGUAGCUAAUAAGGUACCGCCUGCCGAGUCGUCUAUUCAGAAUCGCACUGAUUUCACCUUCUCAUCACCGAUUUUUAAAGCAACUGAGACGAGUCCGCUACCUCUUACGCCCUCUGCUGGAUUUACGUUUAGUGCACCGGUUUCUAAAACAGUAGCAUCUGACCCGAGUGGAACAGCAUCAACGCCUUCAGCCACGCCAGUUAAGAACUCCUCAACAUCUUCAUCUGCUGUUGGCACUCUGGGGAAUACAAAUGAUGAGGACUUUGAUGGUCCCUUCAGACCAGCAAGAGCUUUAAAACAGGGCAGUGUGCUUGACAUUUUAAAAGGACCUGAUUUUUCUUCAUCUCCUCCUGCUAGAAGCCUGGUGAAGCCUUUCCAGAUGAGUUCCACAAGCUCACCAACUGGGGGGUUUGGGUUUGGGGACAAGUUUAAACCUGCAACAGGUUCCUGGCAAUGCGAUGCUUGUCUCUUGCAGAACAAACCAACAGACAGCAAAUGUGUUGCAUGUCAGACUGCUAAACCAAACAUAGAUUCCUCAAAACAGAGCAAAUGCAGCAAAACGACAUCGGAGACCUUGCCGAGCCUUGGGGAUAAAUUCAAACCUGUGUCUGGGACCUGGGAGUGUGACACUUGUUUAGUACAGAACAAACCGGAGGUUACAAAAUGUGUGGCCUGUGAGACUUCAAAGCCUGGGACUGGAGUAAAAUCUGCCUUGACUUUGCCUGCCUUUUCGGAAAGUAAGUUGACAGUGGGUUCUGGUGGCUCUGGUUCCACCUCCAUCACAACGACAACAUCUUCGCUGUCUUCUGGGUUCGGCUUUGGGGAAAAGUUCAAAAAGCCAGAAGGAGCCUGGGAUUGCGAUGUAUGCCUUGUACAGAAUAAAGCAGAGGACAUCAAGUGUGUCUCCUGUCAGUGUGCAAAACCAGGUGCUGUUGCAGUACCUUCUACUGCCAUGACUGCCCCAGAACCAUCUGGAGGGCUGCUAGGCUUUGGAGACAUAUUUAAGAAACCUGAAGGAAGCUGGGACUGUGACGUGUGUGCAGUGCAAAACAAAGCUGAAGUGAUGCAAUGUGUGGCAUGUCAAAGUGCAAAGCCAGGGGCCAAGGUGGAGACCAAAGGUUUUAGCUCUUCGGCUUUGUCGUCAGCUACCACUGCAUCCCCAUUUGGGGGAAUUACGGGGGGAUUUAAAUUUGGAGACCAGGGGGGGAUAAAAUUUGGCACCUCAACGACAGACAAUGCUUCUUCUGGAGGAGGGUUCAAGUUUGGUAUGGCAAAGAGCGAGGACAGUAGAAAGCCAGAUUCUCAGACCAUUGGUAGUGGAUUUAGAUUUGGUACUGGAGGAGGAAUUCAGUUUGGCACUGGAAACAGCAGCAGCCAGUCAGAAAACAAAGCUGCCGAACCAAAAGGCAAGCCAUCUUUGGAAGGUUUCACUUUUGGACUCUCCGCCCCUCCUAAAGCAGAUGAAAAAACAGCAGAUGGGGGAUUUAAGUUUGGGGCCCCCAAGGAGAAACCGGAACUGGGAGGAACUGCAGCAGCUAUGCCAUUUUCUUUUGGCAAACAAGAGGAGAAAAAGCUUUCUGGGGAGCAGCUACCAGCGGUUGGAUUUGCUUUUGGGAAACCUGUGGAGGAAAAGACUGGCACUCUGGCCCCUGCUGCAGCUUCAACAUUCAUGCUUGGGAAGACUGAUAAGCCAGACUCUGUCAGUAGCUCCUCCAACUUAAUAUUCGGCAAGGGGAAGGAGACAGACAAGCCUGCAACACAGCUGGGCUUCUCUUUUGGCAAGCCUGAGCCGACCAAGGAGGAGGCCAAACCUGCAUUCAGCUUUGGGAAACCUGCUGAAAAGCAAGAGGCAGCAGUGCAACCAAAACCAGCAUUUGCAUUUGGGGCUGCCCCCCCUACUGCAGAUCAAGGAGCUUCCAAGCCUGCAUAUAACUUCAUGGCAAGCACGACAGCCUCUGCUACAGUUACUGCUGCCUCCACGACCUCCAGCACCCCGUCCACCAACAUGUUUGGGAGCUCCAGCACCUCGACAUCCAUCGCACCGGUCUCUACCUUCAUGUUUGGUCAGGCCAGCAGCACUGGCUUUGCAAGCGGUGCUUCUGAGACCACCACCUGCUCCAAAAGCUUCAUGUUUGGUGCGCAGGAAAGCAAAGCACCUGCAGCACCUGCUGCUGGAGCCUCGCCCUUCAUGUUUGUGACAGGAAGUAACACUGCAGCCACAGCUUUUGGUUUUGGGUCAACUGCGUCAGCUGCACCUACAACGACCAGUUCUACAGGCUCUUCUGCUUCUCAGUUUGUAUUUGGGUCGGCCUCUUCAACACCAGCCAGUGCCCUUGCUUUUGGCAACAUCCAGACCCCUGCAUUCGGCCACGGAUCCAACCAACCCAGUGCCCCAGCCUUUGGCUCCCCUCCUGCUGCUGCUGUCUUCUCUGCUGGAUCCCAGCCACCUGCCUUUGGGUCCCAGGCCAGCACCAGCCAGCCAUCAGUGUUUGGACAGCAGAGUAAUCAGCUGCCUGCCUUUGGUGCUGCAGUAGCUGCUUCUGCUGCCCCGGCUGGAGGGUUCCAGUUUGGGGCAACUAGUAACUUUGGCACUCCCAGCAGCAGUGGGGUCUUUGCUUUUGGUGGAAGUGCUGGAGGAUCUUCAGCUUCUGCAGUUGCCCCAGCAGCACCCGCCCAGCCCUCUGGCUCCACAGGAGGCUUCCAGUUCUCCCAGGCCCCAGGUUUUAACAUUGGUUCUACAAAGACUACUAGUACUGGAUCUUCCCAAGGACAACACCAGAUUUCUGGCCGAAAGAUUAAGACUGCAGUUCGACGCAGGAAAUAGACCCUUCCAGUUGGACCCUGAAGUACUUUAAAACUGAUAAUUAAUAAACCCGGUGCCCUGCAUUGAGACUGGAUUGUACGUCUCUCUGGGCUUUGCCCAAUUCAGAAUCUGACUAAGACCAUCUCUAAAGUCAGCACAUAUUUGGUCCCUGAAUUUGUCUUUUCCUUAGCUGCGGGUGAAGGGUAAUGUGUAAAAUGACAAAAAAAACAAUCGACCAAAACUAAAAUUUUAGACCCCAGCAAAUGUCUUUACUUUAUGAACUGGCAUGGUCUGGCUAAUGGUAUAUCCUAUAGUUAAUGGCUAUGUACAUUGUAUACCUCUUCAUCUGCACCACUAUACAGAAUAAUGUUCACAACAUAUUUUUAUUGUAACUAUACCGCAGGAUUUCUGUACAGAUUUGAAGCGAGUGCAAGUGAUCAGUGGCUGAGACUGACUGGUGUAUGAUGUGUGAAGCAUAUGAAUGUGUAGAUGAUGGAGUGUGGUUGGGUGUAUUGUGCACUAAAUUUUGAUAGUGGGGGACGGAAGGAAGGAUACCUCUUCCUUAGGACUUUGUAAACCUGUAGUUUUGCUGUAUCUUGAGUAUUAUCUACUUAUUUUACUUUUUUCAUUCUCUCUCGUGCUCUCUUGCCUUUUUUUAUUAUGAAAACUUAUGUAAAUACAAUAUGGUUGAUUCACCCUUUCCUUUAUCAUAAUUACAUGAAUCUGAACUUGAAUCUUUUGUUUUGUGAGUGUUUAAAGGUUUUGUUUUGUUUUUUCAGUAUUGUAUUUAGAUUUUAUUAUGUAAAUCCCAUUAUUCAAAGUUGCCUAAAUCCAUUUAACGUAACCUUUAAAGUAAAUUGGGGAAUUCUUUAAAGAUGUAAGGUAUAUUGGCUUUUCUGAUCCACUUUUGUUUGGACCAAAACCAGUAUUGUACAAAGUAUUAAGUAUAUAUUUUUUUAUAUUUGUUUAAAUGGACAAGGGUGACUUUGGAUAAUAAGGAAGACAAUUUCAUAUUAAAGCCAUGUUUAUUACCGUAUGAUUAACAAAUUAAAACCAUGGGGUAAUUGCCAUCAAUAAAAAUUAUGAAUAGAAA